AUGAGCUACCUUUCCCCCCUUCCUCACUAUUCUAGUCCAAGGUACAUCUGCAUUUCAUUUCAUUUCGGUUUCGUUUCGUCUUGUUUGUGUUUGUGUUUGUUGCUUGUCUUCUUUAUGUGAUGACAACCAUGUGACGCGUUUUCAGCCUGGGCCGUGCUCGUACCUACAGCACUCGUUCGUUCGACGAUUCUGACCUAUGGGACCCCCGCCUCCGCCUCCACCACCCCCUGUACUCCCACCCGUAAGUCGCCCUCCUUUUUCUUUUUGACGCUCCUUCUUUUUCUCCAGGGAGCGGUACUACCAUCUCGCCAAUGGAAGACAGAGAAUGCACCACGACGUAACCACAAUCCCGUACCUCCGCCGCCCAAGCCGUCCCGUCCCACAGUGGACGCUGCGGCAUUACAGCACGCUGCCGCUCGUCUGCGCAAGACCGGCUACAACGAAUCGGUACGAAGUGACGUCGCGGAUCUACCCGAUGGACGAGUGGACCGACCGGAUCAACGAGUGCCUGACGGAGAUCGGACGUACCGCGCGCAGCUCCAACAACUGGCUCCAGAGAAAACCGGAGCAGAGGUUAGUCCCAAGACUCUGUAAGAUGCAGUACCGUAUUCACAAUUGCUUUCAGAUUCCUUCUGCGCCCACUUAUUCCGUGCAAUCUCGUCCGAUCGGCGACAUUCGUCGAGACCCCGAUGCGCUAAGCCAAUUCCAGGUGUUCGCUCAUUCCGCAACUUCCACUCAUUUCUCUUUUUUUCCAGCAAUCCCGAGAGGCUCUUCUAUCCAACUCUUCCCAUUAUAGCCCUAUCAACAAAUUCUCCUCAUCCACUUUAAGUCAGUAUGCCAACAAAUCCCUUCUCCGCCAUCUGUUCCUGAUGAAGCCACCUAUGUUUCUCCUUAUUCUUCCAAAUAUUCGUACCCUACAAACUUCCGAAGCUACCACAAAGACGACGACUACUUCACUAACACAGCCACCACUACAUCGACAUCUCCAGUGCUCACUGAGAACAACAAUUCAAAGAAGUGCGGAAAUCACGAGACGGUUGUGCAGUGGUCCGAACCGUACGAUCCGAGGUGUGUUCGAAAGAGCCAUUCCCCUAGAAUUACGGCCAUUUCAGCAAGUACCGUCGUUCUCAGUCUCCCAUCAGAAACGCUCGGGAACUGAUCCACGAGUACUCGACCACCAACUACGUCACCGAAGUUCAGCGGCCUCCUCCGCCGCCUCCGGACCUCUACCAGCAGAAGACCCAGGCCCGUAACUUCCUGCAGAACUCUCUGGCCAGACAGCUCCGCGACGAGGGACUCACUGAAAGCCAACGCGCCGCGAACCGCAAUCAGACGAGCGCUCUGAGCUCUUCCUCCUCGACGCUUCCCUUCGAUGUCUCUCGAAUUGUCAAGGUUUGUGUUUUUGGUUGUUCUUCUUUGUCUUCGGAGUGAAUAGGCUCUUCAAUCAAAGCGAGAUGAGUCGUCCAUUCAAUUCGGUGACGAAGUGCACAUAAACGGGAAGGGAGAGGGUGAUUGAUGAGAGCGUUUAUUUUGGUUGGUACCCAAUGAUCAAUGAUUGGAAGUGGAGAAAUGUUCCACGCAGACUCGUCCCGGUCCCCAUUCUUCUGAUCCUUUCAAUUCAUUCCGAAUCUUGCCUAUAGACCCUAUCAUCAAAAAAAAAGGAAACGGGAGUGGGACGGAUCUCUCAAUUUUCCGGCCGAAUACCUCCUAGUGCCGCUUCUGCUUCUCCUCUUCCCAAUUGGCAAUGUCCGUCCUUCUCCGUGUCGUUUCCUGCUCCAAUUUCGCCACUUCUCGUUUCGCCGUGUGGGCUUUUCGGAAAAAUUGAAAUGCAUACACACAGAGGGCGCCGUCAUCGCGCGACGCCUUCUCGUGCAUUCUGCGACACGUCUUCCGGGCGGACCCAAUAUAUACGUACUUCUUCCUGACGACAAAGAAUCGAUUGUUGUGUCUACCAGGGGCAAGCACUCAACUCUUGCUCCCAUCGCGCUUCUUCUUCUUCUUCUUCUUCUUUCUUCCCUUUUUGUUGCUCGCCGCCUUGUUCCCUUGUUAUCUCGCGCCUACACCAUAAUUAUGCAAAGAUGCGUUUUCGCUUCGUCAAGCUUGAAUGUUUGACGUGGCACUCCACUUGUUUGUUCUAAAGAAACAUGAGAAGGUGGCAAGGGCUCGGCGAAGAAUUUCCUCCAGGAUACCGUAGUUCUCCUCUGGAUGCCCCCUGAUCCUGUCACUUCUGCUGUGCGUGUUCCUCCGAACAAUGGUGCCUUCUCCUCUUCCUCUCGCCUCCAUCCAAUUUUUAUGUUUUUGUUUCUUUUCGACGUCCCCGCUCUUUCGUUUUUUUUCCAUCUCCGCAGCCGCUCGAUUUCGUUUUUAUCGGCCGCCACCGCCUCAAUUCCACGUCUCCAAACAUCAAAACACUGACGGCGAGAAAAAAAACAGCUCGGCAAUGUAUUGUUUCGAUGAAAUUAAUCAUGGCAAAGGGUGGCGCGGCAUCAGACAAAAAACAACAAGAUGCUCGUUUUCUCGGGGGAGCCACCACGAGAAACUGAUACUAAUUUGGUGGCUCCGCAGAAGCUCACGUCAAAAUUCCGCUUCCUGCGCCGCCGCCGCCGCCCUUUCUUCUUUUUUUUUCUAUUUUUGGGAAGCGGACCGAGGAGGGCGAGGAGAAGGAGGAAAACGAAGCGCAAACUUUGGAAAGCACAUGAAAAAUUGGAGAGAAGAUGGGAACUUUCUGGUUGUGCUCAGUGAGCACCAAAAGUUUAGUUUAGGUUGAAACAUUGAGAAAGACGAAAAAGACGAAGUAGAAGAAGAGGAGGAAGAAGAUGGAGAUGGAAAGAUGGCGCGGCGUGAUUGGCUUGAAACGUUGAGAGCAUUCUGAAGAAAACAGAAAUAGAAUCCACCACUUAAUCUGAAACCUUGAACCUGAAACCAAUAUGUACAAUACUUCAAUUUUUCAGGACUCGUACAAUGGCGAUGAGGUGGAUCAUCUGGUUCACCAGAUGAGAAGCAAGCUCAGCCAGGACACGAGCACCUCGCCGAGCAUCGUCCAGUACCCCCGUCGCCAGAACGACGACCUCCAGAGAGCCGCCAACUUCACAAACCAGACCACGACCACUUCCUCGACGACUUCAACCCGCAAAAUCAUGAAUAUCAGUGAGUUGAUCCCCUUCUCUUUCGCCGCCUGCUUCCUGCCGCCUCGUUAUAUAUUCAUUGUGUUCUGCCUUCCAAAGGUCCUCUUCUCGAUGGUGCACAGAUGAUGGGAAACGGGGGCGAACCGAAGGUCGUGCUGCACUUUAACCACAAUUUUUCCCGCUCUGUUUUGACUCCCCGCCUGCCGAUGCCGUGACGUAAAGGGUCCCGGGAGAGAGAGAGAGCUAGUGGGAGAAACGACACGUGGGGGCGCUCGGUUUGACGCGACAAAACAAACGAGUAAUGAAAAAUGACGGUUGUCUCGCGGUGAGGACUCUCCCGGAUGGACUGCGAUUUCCCGAAAAUAUUUAUGUGCUCGGUCCCGGCCAGUCGGCUCGCAAUCACACGAUGCGUUCAUCAGCAUUCGAGCACAAACUGGAUGUCUCCGGGGAUCCCAUCCACACUUUGACGAUGUGCGAAUUAAGGCGUCUGACAUAUCACGAGUCUGCGGCAGGGCAUACUGUAGGCCGAGUGAACAUCCUCAUCAGAGUUCUGCUUCGUCGCAUCCGCAGGUGCUCAAACAGGGACGUGGCUCCCGGAACAACAAGUUGUGGUUGUGGAAACUGGGGCACGAUUGCUUGUCUACUACACGCAACGACUCAACCUAUCGGAAGACAAAUAGUGUUGAACCGAAAAUAAAUGACACCCAAGAGCACACCGAAGUGAUCAGGAAGAGCCCCGAGAGCGAGGCAGGCAGCACAGAGCCGCGGGCGCCCUCAAACACGCAGCGAGCAACAGUUGCUCGACUACGGUUCCUUGCUCUCUCCUCUCUCGGGCCGCGCCCUCCUACUCGUUUUUGCCAUCCACUCGCCGCUGCUCCCUCCAGCUGCCUUGUCCAUCCAUCCUCUAUCAGCGGCUCCUCCUCAGGCUUCUUCUUACUUUUCGUCUUUUUCGUUUUCUUCUUCUACUUUUGGUGGGCGGUCUUGUCGGCCGUUUUUGGGCCACGCCCCACGUUGUCCUUCUCAUUCUCCGUCGGUCUUCCGAUUUCUCGCUUCUCCUCGACCCGCUCGUCGUUUUUGCUCUUCUGAAUCGUCAUGACGGAGAAAGAAGGUUUGUUUUGUCGUUAUCAAUCUCAAAUUGUGCACUACACUCAGCUGAGCUCCUUUUGACUCUAAACUGAAGUUUUUUCAUUUCAAAGCCCUAGUAUAUGCAAGCCCAUGAGCACUAAUUUCUUGUAUUUACAACGCUAAUCCAAAGUUUACACCGAAUUCGCAUAGUUUUGCCUUCGGGGGCGCCCACCAUGUCACAACGCAAUAAUAAACAUUUCUGCGGAAAGAGAUCGAAAGAAACAUUCGUCAUUUUCUGGAGAAGAAACAAAAAAGUUUACGGUAACCACGAGUGUUCUUCUGAUUCCGAUCAGAUGGCGAAACUGAACCCCCCGGCGUGAUGUCUUUUUUAUGACAUUCUGACACUCGUACUCGGGUUUUUUGCUCAAAAAAAACACAAUAAAGCCGCCACGAAACGCGUCGUCGCAGACACAAACAAUCUUGAAUUGCAGAUAUUUGUGUGGGAUGCGGCAAAGAGAUCACUGGCGAUCAGCCGGGAUGCAAUGCCAUGAACCAGAUCUUCCACGUGGAUUGCUUCAAAUGCGGCCAAUGCCAGAAGACUCUUGCCGGCGCCUCGUUCUACAACAUCGACGAGAAGCCGACGUGCGAGCAGUGCUAUCAGGUACGCUCUUUGUUCUCUUAGAUCUUUUCGGUGGGCCCCAAAAAGUACUCAAUCUUGGCGCCCUCUGACGUUUUGCCGAAGAGCAAUCGUCCCCUGGAGACGUGUCCUUUUUCAGAACUCGCUCGAGAAGUGUACCGCCUGCAACCGGCCGAUCAGCGACAAGCUUCUGCGUGCGUGCGGCGGCGUCUACCACGUAAACUGCUUCGCGUGUCACUCUUGCAAGAAGUCCCUCGACGGCAUUCCGUUCACUCUCGACAAGGACAACAAUGUGCACUGUGUCCCGUGCUUCCAUGAGUCAGUCCUUUUCUCUUCCGCUCCCAAAACUUUCGCUCUUUCUUUUCCAGCAAAUUCGCUCCGCGCUGUGCCGUCUGCAGUAAACCGAUCGUGCCGCAGGACGGCGAGAAGGAGUCAGUGCGCGUCGUGGCGAUGGACAAGUCAUUCCACGUCGAGUGCUACAAGUGUGAGGAUUGCGGAAUGCAGUUGUCGUCCAAGGUGGGCAAUUCGGUUUAUGACCGGACGUACAGAACUGGUUGACUGUUCUUCGGAAAUUGAAUGAGAAAGAAAGAAGAAAUUGCAUUUCAGCUGGAAGGCCAAGGAUGCUACCCGAUCGAGCAGCACCUCCUGUGCAAGACGUGCAACGGAAACCGUCUGCGCGUCGUCAGCUCGACAUGA